AUGAUCAAAGUAGGAGUGCACCAAGGUAGCGCCCUAUCGCCACUUCUCUUCAUCCUGGUCAUGGACACUUUAACGAAUGACCUGCAGACACCUACCCCGUGGACCCUUCUUUACGCAGACGACGUCAUGAUUGCUGCCACCACGAAACAAGAGCUCCAAAAUCGGCUGGAACAAUGGAACGCAAGACUGACGCAGUUUGGACUUCGGAUCAACCUCAAGAAGACAGAAUACCUGAGCACGGACAAAACCGAAAACGGCACCAUUCGAGUGGACAACGUCGACCUACCCAGAACUAACUCCUUCAAAUAUCUUGGCUCGUCGAUUGCGGAUGAUGGUUCAAUAAACAAAGACAUCGCAGCGCGCAUAAACUGCGCAUAGCACAAAUGGAAAACCACCACAGCCGUACUGUGCGACCCAAAGAUAGGUGACCGACUGAAAUCGAAAAUCUACCGAUGUGUGAUCCGUCCUGUCGCGCUCUACGGAACCGAAUGCUGGCCUGUAACCAAAGAAGCCGAACGCCGACUUGCAGUCAUUGAGACUAAGAUGCUGAGAUGGACCGGAGGAGUCACACGACUGGACCACGUGCGAAACGAGGACAUCAGAACACGCUUUGGGGUAGCACCGAUCACGGAAAAGAUGAGAGAAGCCAGACUGAGAUGGUACGGCCACACUCUCAGAGCUAACGACGAAUCUGUUGCUAAACGUUGUUUGUUGAUGGAAGUCGCUGGAAAAAGACCGAGAGGGCGGCCGAAACAACGAUGGUUGGACGCUCUCCACAACGACAUGAAGAACACCCGACUACACCCAGACCAUGCAGCCGAUCGAAUAAAAUGGCGCCUACGAUCCAGAAUAGCGGACCCCGCAACCGAGCGGGACAAACGCUGA